AUGUCUGGAAGAGGCAUGGGAUGCUGGAGAAGACUGUGUUUGACCAAGGAAGUAUUUAAUAACAAAUUCCUCAGGGCCCUGUACAAGUGCCUGGGAAUAGAUUCCCACUUCUCAUCAGCUUAUUGUCCACAAAGCAAUGGACAGACCAAAUGGGUAUAUCCUACAAUCAAGCACUUCUUGCAGGCAUACUCAGGAACCAACCACAGGGACUGGAUCAAAUGGCUGCCACUGGUAGAAUUUGCCUAUAAUAAUGCAGUUCAUAGCAGAACAGGCAAAACACCCUUCAAGGCCUUGAAUGGGUGGGAAUCAACACUAACUCCCAGUAAUGCCUGCAUGGAUGCCCCAGAAGCAGACAAGAUGGCCACACAAAUGGAAGCACAAUGGAAGGAGGUAGAAGCAGCCCUGCAGCAAUCCAAGACCAAAAUGAUAGCCAGAGAAACAAACACAAUACCUCAGGAAUUCAAAGUUGGGGAAGAGGCAUGGCUAGAUGCCAGAAACAUCAAACUAAAAACCUUAAGCCCCAAGCUCACCAAACAGAGGCUUGGCCCUUUCAAGAUCACUGAGAAAAUUUCUGAUUGCACCUACCAGCUAUAG